AUGGAGGAUCAGUUGAAGGAAAUUGAGGUGAAAAUCGAUUUUUUGUCUGUUUUUUUGUCUGUAUUUUGUACUAAGGAAUGCCAGAGUGGACCCUAUAGGGGUAAGGGUGAAGACAGCCCCUAUAGGGGUUCAAUUUUGGUGGUCUCUAUAGAGGUUUAGGGUCUCACCUUUUAUAUAGCCCCUCUAGGGGUUAUGGGCUGAAGUGAUCCCUUUAGGGGUCUUUGAAUUUUCUGAAAAAAAAAACCCUAUAGGGAACAAAAAAGUGUCCCCUAUAGGGUCUAUAAGUGUUGCUAAGUUUUUCUUGUUAAACUUGAAAAAAAAAGGAAAGGGUCCCCAUAGGGGUUUAGGGGAUGAAGUGGUCCCUAUAGUGGUAUCUGAAUUUUGUGUAAAAAAAACCCCCUGUAGGGACUCUUUUUAACGUUGUCGAGUUUUUCUUGUUAUAAAUAAAAAAAUUUAAAAAAAAUAAAAGGGUUCCCUAUAGGGGUCUUUGAAAUUUCUGUUAUUCAGAAAUAAAAAUGAGAAAAUCAAAUAAAUCAUCGUCUUUUAAUAUUUUUUCUGUUCAAAAAACGCUAAAAUUUUGGAUUUUUCACAUGGAAAUGCUUCUUCAACAAUAAUCGACUAACGUGUCUUUUAUAGCCACUGUUACUAAUUAAAACCACUAUAGGGGUCACUUUUGCAAGCUUAAGUGGACCUUAGAAGGGAAAUUUCAAGGGCUCCCAAGGUUGUCCCUAUAGGGAUCACUGUAGCGUUUAUGGAGAGGGACUAUUUUAUUUCAAAUUUUCAAAAAAAUCACUUAAGGGCUUGCUUGAGACAGCCGCUCACUCACAACCCAACGACUCGGCGCUGAAAAACGUGAAAAAGGUAUAGGAAAAUGCCAAAAAAAAAGGGAAACUUUUUCUCAUUUUCAGUACAUCAAACUUGUCUUUCCGCACGUCGCCCUCGUCGCCGUCGUAUGUCUGUACGCCGUCGUCGGCGCCUACAUUUUUUAUAGGCUCGAAUCGCCGAACGAAGAUCGAGUAAGGGGAAAUUGAAGGAUAGGUCGAAAAAAUGGUUAAAAACUUGUUUUUUAACGUUAAAAUUUGGUUUCUCAAGGCAGAAAGUGUGGGCUACAUGAAGAUUAUUGAAUGAAAAAUCAGUUUUUUGCUGAAUUUUGAAGUUGAAAAAAUGAUUUAUGAGUUUUUUAUAGGUGUAAAUUUUGUGAGAACUUGGUUUUCAAGCCAAAAUAUGAAGGGCUUCUGAGUUUUAUAAGGGAUUUUUAAACAUGAUACUUUUUUUCAGGCUGAAUUUAGGGUACUGUGAAAUGAUUAUGAACUAGUAUAGAUACAAAUUCUGCACAAGAAUAUCUUUAAAAUUAGAAUUUGAAGGUCAAAAACUGAAAAAUUUUUUUCUUCAAAUGGAAAAAUUUGUCCAAAUUCUGUUCAUUUUUUUGCUUAAAGAUUUCAGAAUAGAUCAAUUUUUUUCGUUCAAAAAAAGACGAAAAAAAGCACUGAAUACUAAAAAAAAUCAAGCCAGCUUUUUUAUGAGAAAUUCAUAAAAGCCUCUUCAAGAUUAAUCAGUAAAAUGCGGUUAUAAGUCGAAAAAAAAUAGAUAAAAAUUUUUUUAAUGUUCAAGUUUUGCUUUCCUGAGCGAAAAAAAUGUGUGUUUAGAGAUUUUUGAUUGAGAUUAUUGGAUGGAAAAAUUUUUUUUUGGAUUUCCAAAUCGAAAAAAAUGAUUUGUUUGUAAAAAAAUCGAUUUUAUGGACUCUUUUUCUUUUUUUAUAGAGUUUUUUUGGAGAUGAUACCUUUUUGGAAUGAAUUUAGGGUGUUGUAAAAUUCUUAUGAAGCCGUAUAGUUACAUAAAUCUUCACAGGAAUACUUGAAAUUAAGCCAAUUUUUUUAUAAGAAUUUUUACGAAAUUGUGUCAACUUUAAACCGUUUUUUUCAACUAAAAAAAUUUUUUUAGUUCUAAUUUUUCCAAAAUUACAAGUUGCUUUUUAGUCUUUUUAGUGUUUUUGUAAUGCAGGAAAAAAAUAUAUUUUUGAAAAAAAUUAUUCAUAUUUUUUUAGUUAAAAAAACGAUCGGAAAAAGUCGGUGGCUGAAAUGCGUGUCAACCUUAUUUCAACUAUACAAUAUGGUAGUUUUAUCGAAUUUUCAUAAACUUACUGAAUAGGAAAAUUCCAGAAGAAUCGCGGAAAGAGGUCUGGAAAUCGGGAGUCGAGGAGGAGCUGUUCAAAUUUAGCGAAAAGUUGUACAAAGCCUUCAAAGAACAAUAUGUCCGGUAUGGAUUUUUGUUAAGAUUCUGGAAAAAUUCGAUUUUUCAUUCAGUUAUGCCGAUGUUAGAACGUUGAGAAGCGAAAUCGCGACCGAUUUCAAAAACGAUGGAAGGUCGAAAAGACACAGGUUUGUACGGUUUUGAGUCAAAAAUCGAUAAUUAUUUUAUAAUUUUCGUUUUUCUAAGUUCCUUGUUAGAUAAAUUCUGAAAAAAAACAGCUUUUUUUCUACUUUCUUAAAUUCUUUUUUUGGUUUCUUAAAAAAAUCAAAUAUUUUUCAUACUUUUUUAUAGGUUUUUUUCCCAAAUUCCUUGUUUAAUGUACUCUGAAAAAAAUUUCGCUUUUUCCUCGCUUUCUUAUUUUCUAGCGACUAUUUCCCUUCUUGGACACUUUAAAAAUUAACGGAAAGUCGAAAAAGCACUAUUUUAUACAGUUUUUUUCAAAACUUUAUACAGAACAGAAUGAGUUGAAAAUCGAGAAUUUUUCAUAUUUUUUUCUCGAUUAUUUAUAGGCUUCUUAUUAGAUAGAUAUCGAAUGAAAUCCGUUUUUUUCCUGCUUUCUGAGAGCCUAGUGAUCAUUUCCUUCGUGGCUACGUUCAAAAAAACGAUGGAAGUCCGAAAAAAAAACAGUUUUUAUACAAUUUUCAGCGAAAAAAAAUGAGUCAAAAAAAUCGAUAAUUUUUCAUAAAUCUUUCGAUUUUUAAUUGGGGUUUUCUAGGUUAUAUUUGUAUAGAAUUUGAAAAAAAAUUCGGAUUUUUCCUGCUUUCUGAGGAUCUAGUGAUCAUUUUUCUUUGUGGUUCGAGAAUUUUUUUAUCGAUUUUUUUAAAUUUUUUUCUCGCUUAAGAAAAAAAGUUGUUUCCCUUUUUUAAGCUCUAUCAGAAUUUUUAUGUAACUUAUUUUUUUCUACUUUACCAUUGAAAUUUCUGUAAGUUUUUAAUUCUAAUAAUUAUUCCCAGAUAUAAAAAUGCUGUUCAUUAUUCUCAUUAUUUUUUUAUUUUUUUGGGUUAUUUCUCUCUUUUUUUCCAUUUUUUUGAUUGCUAUGUGAACCAACAAAGCUAUCUCUGUCGGAAAAACGUCUUUUUUCAAGCUUUUCAAUAGUUUCUAUGCUUUUUUUGGAUGGAUAUCUGUAAGAUUUUUAAAAAAAUAUUCUUCUAAUUUUUAGUUCAAAUAAAUUCAAAUAAAGUAAGUGAAAAUUUCAUCCGUUUUCGAGUCUGAAAAAUCAAAAUAGAAGAAUUUCAGACAAAGCAAAGGCCGUGGAGACAAGGGCGAGAAGAUGUGGACCGCCAGCAGUGCGUUAUUUUUCGCCGCAACCACCAUGGCGACUAUCGGUACCUCAGAAUCAUACAAUAACCCUUGAUUUACUGUAUCAUUUGAAGGGUACGGUAACAUCGUGCCGGCGACGUCGUCGGGCCGCAUCGCCUGCGUCGUUUUCGCCUUGUUUGGGGCUCCUUUGGCCAUUAUUACCAUUGGAGGUGUUGAUUUCUUUUAUUUUGCUGUUUUUAAUGAUUCUCUGAGUAGUAUUGCCUUUUUGGUAAAUCGACAAAGUUUAUCAGAAUUUUGAGUUCAGGAGAAUAUAGAUUUUUUUAAAGCCAGAAUUGAUUUGCAACUUGAAAAAUUUGGAAAAAAUCUCUGGAAUUAUAGAUUCUGAGAGCCCAUUUUUUGCUUUUCACGGCGUUUUUUUUUCGGCAAAGCCCCGCCCAUAUUUUUCCCGUAAAGUGUAGUGUAUCGUGUGCAUGCACCGCGGCGCUCUCGCACACGCCAUGUUCAAAGUAAUUGAAUUUCUGAAGUUCAGUUACAUUUUUCACUCUCUGGAGGCUGUUUUGAACUUCGCGGAAUAAUUUCGAUACUGUUUAAAAAAAAAGAAACAGAAAAAAGUCAUUUUUUAUUUUUGUACGACACUCCGCUUUGACGCUCUGGUAGCUCGAGAAUUCGAAAUUAUCAUUUUUAUUCGAGAAAGUCAAUUUUCGAAUGUGAAAUCUAAGGAAAACUUGAAUUUUCUGAAAAUCAACUGCUCUUUUAUCGAUUUUUCUUAGUUUUUCAACGAAAAUUGUUUCAGAUCUCGGUAAGUUUCUAUCCGAAUGCACGAUUUGGCUCUACAAGCAGAUGAGGAAAGUCAGCGGCAGCUUGAGGCUCAGCUGGCGGAGGAUGAGAGGCAAUGGGAAAGGUAAAACCAAGUCAUUUUUGUCAAAAACCACUCUUUCUAGGUACUUUUUACGAGGAUUUUUAACUUUUCAGUGAAAAUUCAAAAUAAAAUGGGUUUUCAGUGAUUUUGUAGGGCUUCAGGAAUUUUCCAUACUGGAGGAGAUUCAAAACAAAUUCAGUCCAAAGUUGAAAAAACUUGAAACGUAUAGAAAAGUAAUCUUUCCCAAUAGAAUGUUUUUUUUAUGAUUGUAAAGGGCUUCAAAAGUUUUCCAUACAUACUCAAAAUUUCGUCAGCUAUUUCUCCCUUUCGAUUUGAUUAUGAGCUUUACUUGUGAAAGUUUUAAAUUUUAUCCGAUUUCUUGAUUUUUCACGGCGAUUUUCUCUUUUCUCACGUUGCUUUUUCAGACGCCUUAUAUUUAUUGAGUUGUUCAUAGUAUUUCUAAUCUGAUAAGUUGUUUCUAAUCCGAGAAGCGGAAAAAACAUUUUUUUUUUCUUUUUACAAAGGUUUUCCAUGCCGUGCUCAGUCAUUUCGAAAUUGACGCCUUUGGGUGCGAAUUUUUGAAAUUUUUUGACGUACUGGGAAAAUUUUCAGUGGCCUCUUUAGGGGCUCGCCAAGGACAAUUUGGAGAGGACACUGAAGUGGCCACUAAACCCGUCUCUAUAGUGGCCACUAUUUUCCGUUUUAGUGGCCACUAGAGAGGUUCUCUAUUUAGUGGCAACUUCAGUAGUUUUUCAUCCAGUAUUCCUUCCAGUAACUCUGAUAACUUUUGAAACAAACUGAUUGGACCACUUAUGUUGAUCCAUUGGCCCCUAAAGUGGCCACUAAAAGGUCUAGUAGUAGCACUUAUUAGUUAGACCUCUAUAGUGGCCUCUAAUUUUUAAAUCCUUAAGUGGCCACUAGUUUGACUACUCUAGUGGCCACUGAACAUUUUCACAGUAAAUUUGCAAAUUUUGAGAUUCGGGCGUAAAAGUGAUAUCACGAUAAAUACCGUAAUUUCUAAUUUCAUCGACUUUGCGAAAUAAUUUCAAACGAAUAACUUCGGCAAAGUCAUAAAGGCUGGAAAAAGGCUCUAAAGAAAUGUUCCUUUUUUUGCUGCCGUUUUGCGCCAUUUCAUCGGCUCUUAUGCACCAUUUUUGCUGCCUCCCCCUUUUUUCAACAUUUUUCGAGUCUUCAAAAUCCUAGAAAAAUGAAAGGCUCGAUAAAGGGACUCUUUUUGCUGCCUUUUGGAAGCAUUUUUACUGCCUUUUUGGCACCUUUUUGCUGCCUUUGUGCGGCCUUUUUUGAUCCUCUCUCUUUUAUCCCCUAUUAUCCACCAUUCCGACUUUGCCUGAGAACGCCUCAAUUUUAAAAACGACAAAAUCUCUCUGAAAACCCAUUAGAUAUUGACAAAAUCUUCAAACUCAUAAUAUUUUUCCAGAUAUGAUGGACAACGUCGAACUGGAGUCAUCGGAUUCUCGAAGUGGCUCGGAAUUAGAUUGGGAAGAUUUAGUGAUGGAUAAAACUGAAGUACCGGUUUUAUUGGUUUUUACGAUUUUAUUGGUUGGUUUUUUGGUGUGUUACGGUCCGUUUUUCGUGACUUUUCUCCUCUUCUCUCGGUAACUCUCUCAUGUUGCCAUGCUAUUUUCAUUUUUAUCUAACUCCGCCGGUCUUAGGAACUCCGGAGUGGUUCCUAUAAGGGCAAGCUUAGGGACCACUUUACCAGCUUCUAUAGGGGCUACUAAAGCUUGCAAAAGUGGUUCCUAUAGGGGUUUUUAGUUAGUGGCCCCUUUAGGGGACAUGCUAGUCGAUAAUUGUUAUGAACUCUAAGCAAAUAAGCACUUCCAAAACUGAAUAAAUACGCGUUUUUUGAAUGGAAUUGGAAGACCCCUGAAGGGUCCACUUGGGCUUUAUGGGCUGAGAGGCCAGACUCUAAAUCCCUACAGGGACCACCUUGAUUUCGCCCCUUCCGAGACCACUUUCUCGACUCCUAUAGGAGUUUUAUUCCCCUUAACCCUAUAGGGACCACUUUGGAAUUCCUAAGGUGAGGGAAAAGAGACGCAGACGCUGUCGCGACGAACGGACUAUAAAUGACUCAAAGCGUCGCAGUCAAGUAAAUUCCAACCGCGACGCGUUGAGCCAUUCCAAAUGCGACCUUAAUAAUGCAAAUCUCUAUUUUUUCCAGUUAUACAUUGCAUUUGGCGGCGUUUUAUUCUCGUUCCUUGAAGGCUGGACCUACAUGGAUGCUUUUUAUUAUUGUAACUUGAUUUUUUGGAUUUCCAAAGGAAAUGUCAAUUUUUUCCAGCUUUCAUUUCUCUUACGACAAUCGGCUUUGGUGAUAUCGUUCCCGAGAAUCAUGAGUAGGAUUUUUUUUUUUCGAGAAAUAAAGGAAUAAUGAAUAUUUUCCAGUUAUAUCGUAUUGAUGCUGGUUUAUUUGGGUGUUGGUUUGGCGGUUACGACGAUGUGUAUCGAUUUGGUCGGCAUACAGUACAUCCAGAAGAUUCACUACUUUGGAAGAAAGGUGACUUUAUGAAGGUGUAAAGAAAAUCUUUGAUUCCAAAAAAUUGGGCUUUUUCGAUUUUUAACAGGUAUGAGGUGUAAAAUAUGCCUAGAGAAGGAUGAAAUUUGGGAACGGAAGAUUUAUUUUUGAGCCCAUUUUUUGGAUUAUUUUUUUCCCACGCGAUAACAGGAUUAAAGUAUGGAAUAUUCUUAGAAAUCAAGGAGUUUUUGAAACGGAAAAAAUAUUUUUGAGGGUUUUUCUGGCUUUUUUCCGCUAGUUAUACCAAGUAGGCUAUGAAUAAUUUUUGAAAUUGAUGAUUUUUGGUACCGAAAAAUUGGUUUAAUGCUGUUUUCUGGUCGAUUUUUUACUCAUUUUACCAGGUAGAAAGUAAGAAGAAAGAUUGGAAAUGGCUAAAUUUCCUUUAAACUGUAAAAUUGUUUCUGAGGCUAUUUUUCUGGUCGAUUUUUUUCAUUAUUUUUUUAACAGGUAUAAAGUAUGAAGAAUGCUUGGAGUUUCCAAGAAACUGUAAAAUUAUUUUAGAGGCUAUGUUCUGCCCGAUUUUUCCACUGCUUUCAGGGAAACUUGUGAAAUAAAUAUUCAAAUAUUCAACUUGAGCGAAAAAAUUUAAGAAUAGGAGAAGAGAUUCCUUCUAAAACGUGGUUCUUCUCAAUUAUCUCAUGAAUUUUAUUUCAGUUUAAUUUUUUUGAAACAACUUUUUGGAGACCUUUUUGACGCUUUCUUUGAUCUAUUACAGAGUUCUGAAUUUUUUUAGAGAAUAAAACUGAAAAUUUAAUCGCGAGUAGAAAAGGCCCAAAAUAAAUUCUGAAAUUGUUAUAUUAUCAAUUUUUUUCUUCUCUCUGUAAGGGUGGCUUCCGCAAAAUCAUUGUUUACUUCAAAAAAAUCUUGUUUUUUUCAAAAUUUGAUAUUGAAGAAGCUUCAUAUUUCAGGAUUUUUGAAUUUUUUUAAGUUUUUAUUUGAUGGAGAUCCGGAUUUUUUUCAAAGGUUAAAAAGGAAAAUUUGGCCCGAGGUUUUUACAAGCGCAGUUGUAGCUUUGUAAAAAUGAUUUGAAACCGAAUGAGCCCCAAAUUUUGCAUUACAGUUACUUUUUCAGGAUUCUAAGAAGCUUUUUCGAUACCUUUGAAAAAAAAAGCCAUGUUUUUUAAAGGCUAAAACGGAAAAGUUGCUCCUGAAAAACUUUGAAAGCUGUUUCAGCCUCAGAAAAUAAUCCAAAGCCGAAUCAGCCUCAAUUUUUGCAUUACAGUUCCGCGGAACCGACCCCUUUUUCAGGAUUUUUCAAGUUUUUUUCGAAAAGGUUUUUUUGAUAUUUUUUUGAAAAUAUUUUUUUGAAGGGUUUAGAUAAAACUUUUAUAAAUCUUUAAAAAAAAAAACUAAAAUUCGCCCCUCCGGAAAUUUCUGAACGUAGUUUUGGCCUCAAGAAAUGGUCCAAAACCGAAAAAACAGUCAAUUUUAUCAUUACAGUUCCGCGGAACCGACCUCCUUCACCUGCUGAAACGCAAGAGAAUGAUCGAAAGACGGCUGGCGAUGGGUCAUGGCGAGGAAAUCCUUCAGAUGUACCUCCAACAAAUCCAAAAAGAAAUGUGAAUCUUUUUUCAUCGAAAAAAGGCUGAUUUUGAUCCAUUUUUAGGCCAGAAAUCGUGGAACAACCGGUAAAAGCAGUCAAAGAAGAAAUGAAGAGGUACAGUUUCACGUGUAAACUCCAAAAAUAAUACGUUUUUUUCUUUCAGUUAUCAAAUCGACGAGUCAUUAUUGAGUAAUCGGUAUUCGUUCUCAGUGCCGUUGAAGGAAAAAGUGCCUUCCCCAAAUAUGCUUUCAAUCAGAAGGUUUUUCUUUUUCUUUCUUCAAAUUUGGUUCGAUUUUCAAAGGAUUAAACCAGAUCAGGGGCACUUUUUAAAAAAAGAAUAUAUGAAUUUCUUAGAAUCUCGACUUGAUUUUUUCAUUUUCACGAUUUUCAGUUUUUUGCUCACAACUUUAGUCUAAGUUGAAAAAAAGGUCUCGGAAAAAGGUUAUUCCGAAGCUACUUGAAAUCUGGGCGAAGCUUCAAGUCAUUUGAACCGAUUUCAGAGAAGUUAUACCCGAAAACUUACUGUAUGUGGAAAAAAAAAUUGGUUUUUUUAAUGGUUGUAUCAAUAAUAUAUCAUUAACGGUUCAGAUUGAGAUUUUGAAUAUUUUUUGUUCAGUUUUUAGACCCUUUAAAAAAAGUCAAAACUCUGGAAUUUCAUCACCUUUUGUAUUUUUUGAUUUGCUGAAGGUCCCUUUUUGCUGUGAGUAAAAUAAAAAGACACAAUAUUUUUUUCCCGAAUUUCAUUAAUUUUUCAUAAUAAUGUAUAUUUUUUUACGAAAUAUUUUUGACUUGCGAAAAAGAAUAUCUCUUUUUUUAGAUGAUUUUUUUGCAAGGAACAUGAAAAUUUUCUAGUUUUUGUCAGCUGAUUUCAAAGUCCUUGGCUUUUUUUAUUUCUCAUGGAAAGGUAAAAUUUUCAGUUUUUUUAGCUGUUAUUAGAGUUACUUUGAAAAUUUGGAAACUUUUUAUCUUUUUUUCUCUUUAAAGACGGAAUCUUUUUUUCUCUCGAUUAGGGAACAUGUAUUUUUUUAUAAUAGUAAUUUUUUUGGAGAUAGAGAACUUUCAUUCUCAUCCAAAAAAACAUUUUUUUAAAUUGAGAUUCAUCAUUAUUUUUUUCAGUUUCCACGCCCCCCCAGCAUAUGGAGUAACUCAUCAGCAUCAGCAAGAUCGAUGUGAGUUUUGAUUUUUUGAUUUUUUGAUUGUUUCAAAACUUUUUCUUUACUCCGGUUGAUUAUAUUUUUCUCACAAAAAUGCCCAGUUUUAUUUGAAUUUUAGGGUUUUUUUCAAAAAUAUUUCUAGAAGGAGAUUAACACCACUUUCAUAGUUCUUAUAGAAUGAGAUUUUUGGUUAGAAGAAGUAGCGAUAUUUUUACUUUUCUCCAAGUUUGAUUCAGUCAGGCAAAUCCUGGUAAGAUGUUGAGAAGGUCUUGAAAAGGUAGAAAAUUGAAAAUAUCUGCUAGAAGCUUUCCAGUUGAAUUCUAACAGGCUUCCAAAGAACCGAAAGUAGAAACUCCCUAAUUUUUACCUGAUGUCGAGGCUUUUUAUUUUUUACCUGAAUAGUUGAAUAUAAAGAGGCUGAUUCACGGCUGACUUGAGCCAUCGCGAAAAGGGUCCUGCCACGAAAAGAGACGAGACAGUGCCCUAGUUGGUGGAGAGUGCAGACAGGCCACGCCUUUUUGCGUCCCAAGUUUGGCCGUGAAUCAUCCAUAGGAAGGUGUUGGGAAGCUGGUAGAAGGCGUCUGACCACCUGCUGGGAACCUUCCAGGAAAUCGAAAACUUCUAAGUUCCUUAAUACUCUCCCAGGACUUGCCUGAGAUCUUUUUUCGCGUAAUUUUUGAAAUAUUAUCGUUUUUUGCUAGGAUGUUCACCCGUUUGCUGAGCCGUGGCGACAGUUGGGAUGAAUCGGGUCCAUCUCUCUCUGAACAUUGCUCACUUUCCACUGAACCCUCUGUUCAUGUUCGACAAGUUUGGAUUUAUUGCCUCUUUUCGAAGAAAAGUCCCGAUUUUCCCAGGCUUAUUGGGACAACUAUCGAUCCCCGGAUCCAUCGGUCUUCUCGUUCGAAUACGAAUUUCCACCUCCCAGUCCGGAUUAUGAUGGCAUUGGUGAGUUUUCAUUAAAAUUUUGUCGUCAAAUACCGAUUUUGCAUUGAAUUUUGUUGGUUCCGAGGGCUGUCAUAGUUAAAACUGAACUUUUCAGAGACUUAUUGAUUUUUUUUUCCGAAUUUAGGAUUUUUUUUUUCCGAUGUUUUCAGGAGAUCUGCAAGCUUUAGGGUUGGGAAUAUUUUGACAGAAUUUUUAUUUACAGUACCAGAAAACUUCUAUUUGCCUGAUUUUAACUAGAAUACGUUCUUCAGUUGAUUUUUUUCAAAGCUCCAUCUUUUUCCAACCUCUUAUUUCCAUAUGAUUGAUUGAUUUUUUUUGUGAGAUUUAGUUUAGAAGAUUCCAAUAGAUAUAUAGUUUAUAGAGGUUUCAGUGAACUUAUUGGAAAUUGUAGUGAAAAUUCAGCUGAAAAUAUUUUUUCCAUGUGGUUGAGAUGACCGGAAUUUGAUGCUCUGUAAGAUUUUUUUGUUCUUUGAUUGUUUCAAGAAAGAAUGGAAUCGAUUCUCUGAUUUACAGCGAAAAGAGCCAAAAGAGCAAGACGAAUUCGGUCCUGUCCCAACGACGCCUACCUCGACGCUCUACCGCCGUCGCUGCGGAAUCCUUCGACUCAAUCAGUAAGACCCACGGCCAAGAAGAGGAAGGCCAAGUCGGCCCGAGACAAGCCUCCGACAGCCGACGAGCUCUUCGGCGACCCCGACCCGCUUCUACUCUCGCCGCCCAACUCCUUCACCAUCUCCGAGCCGUUCAUGCUCUCGAAGCUUGCCGCCCAGUGUGACUUGAUUGAUAGGCUCAGUGCUUGCAUGCUCCGCUUCCGCAUCCCUCCCCAGGAGAACUUGUGUCCUCAGAAAGCAUGCGAAACGGCGGAAGCCACGGCUAAAGCCGACGUCGUCGACCCGCCCAACGUCUCCAUGCCCGUCCCGAAGCUGAACCUGAACCUCUCGGCCUCCCCGCCGCCCAGACACCGCUUCAGAACCUCCUUGUUCCCGAUCUACGAGAAGCUGAACGUCGAGAGCAAGGAGGAGCCCCUGCUGAAGAGGAAGAAGAGGGAGAGACUCGCCAAGCUGAACGAUCCGCUCCGCGAGUUUGACUGGUUGAACGUCAGCCCCAGGACCAAGAUCAUGCAAAUGGUGCGUGAUGACUUGCCCAGGCUUUUCGGGCAUGUCCGAGCCUCGCCUUCGACCAACUCUUCCAAUGCUUCGUCUGUUGUGCUCGUCAGUCCGCGCUCUGUAAGUGCUCCCGCUUCUUUCGUGCUGUUGGCUUUGGUUUAUGGCAAGAUGGCUGAGGAAAAUGUGCUCCAUGGAUAAUAGAAUUGUUAAAAAUCUUUCAAGGAAGCUAAGAAUGGUUACGCGAACCGGACGUUUCUGAGAAAUGUUAGUGACCACUUAAGGGUACUGAAGCCGCUAGUGAUCACUUAAGGGUACUGAAGACGCUAGUGAUCACUUAAAGAUACUGAAGAUUUAAGAUUACUGAAGCCGUUAAUGAUCACUUAAAGGGUACUGAAAUGGUAGUGAUCAAUAAAGGGUACUGAAGCUGCUAGUGAUCACUCAAGGGUACUGAAGCCGCUAGUGAUCCCUUAAGGGUACUGAAGCCGCUAGUGAUCACUUGAGCGUACUGAAGCAGCUGAAGGGGUCACAAAAAAUGCUCAGAAACGACCGGCGCGCGUCCGAGAAGAAGCUCUAUAAAAAAAAUAACCCUAAAUUAGGUUAACCUUAGUUAGUUUUGCGCAUUAUUCCCUCGAACGUUUCUGAGCAUUUUUAGUAGUCACUUAAGAGUACUUUAGUCGCUAAAGGGAUCACUAGGAAUGCUUAGAAACGUCCGAGAAGAGUUUGUAUUGAAAAAAAUGAGCCUAAAUUUGGUCUUUUUAAUAAAUUCUCAAAUAAGGCGAUAUAAUCACUGUUUUUGUGCUCUACAAACAAUCCAAGCUUCGACUUAUUGGAACUUUUUGAUUCCUAGAUUUUUCCAUGUUUUUUGGAUUAUGAACUAGCCAAGAACUUUUCAAAAUCCUAUCCUUGGAGCGCAAAAGUUAGUCAAUAAGCGGCUUCUUCAGAGGCUUUUUUAACUGAUUUCAUUAUUCCCAGCUAUCUUGUCAUACGCCCGAUCAAAUCAAUUAGUACUGAAUUUCCUGCAUAAUUUUAAACCCAAUCUAUUAUUUUGUUUUAAUUUUCCCCCUGCUACGCUUGAUAGUUGCAAGAAGAACAGCUUUUCCAACAAUUUUUAGUUUCGUUUCAAUUUUCAAGCUUUUCCUCUGUCAGUUUCGGAAUUUCGUAGGCUUUUGGCUGCUGCUAAUGCUAUUUUUUCCCUUUUUAGUUGCUACUCGCUUUUUUUCAGAAUUUAGGUGCCGUAGAAUGAGGAGAAAUCAUUUUUGAAGGAUUGGAAAAUUGCAUUUAUUUUGCAGAAUCGUUCUUUAUAUUUGGAUAUUUGAGAUAAUUCUCCUUUACACUAUUUUAAAUCGAUAAUUUCAGCCCCUUGGAAUGGCUUGUAUGGAGGAUUGGGAUUCGUACAUACAGAUGCUUGAGGAUUAUCGAAAGCCGUACGAUGGGUAGGGAAUUUUUUAUGUUUUUGAUAGUUUUUUCGCUUUUUUAAAGUUUUAUUUUUGUUCUAGUGUAGUUUGUAACGAUCUGUACAUUCAGUUAUGAAUUUGUAGCUUUAUGUUUUUUUUUUCUCGAUUUUUUUACUUUUUAAAAUUUUAUUAUGCUUUUUAUUCAGCGUGUUCAGAGUGAUAUCAUCGAUUGAAAUCUGAAUUAAUCGAAAAAAAAAGAAAAUUGAAGACAAGUCAUUUGAAUAUUAUUCUUGAGGCAUUUUCGAAAAUCGUCAUUUUAUUUUUCACCUUCAUAGGACGAUCAUAAGAAAAGAAAAUAGUACAAAAAGUUUGAUUUUCUCUAAUUUUGGAAGCCUUUAGGCGGAAUUAUUAGUUGAAAAGUAUGUUUAGAAGGUCGUGGCCGCACGUAGAAUGGAUCGGAGUGUAUGAAUUGCUGAAAAGCCUCUCCAAUUGGCACCCGACCGGUUACGACUUGCGCGGGUUCGUAAGGUCUAGCUGAUAAGUAUCAAAUCUUCUCUUUCCAAUGUGAUAAGACCACGACGAUUUGAACUAUUCUACCUGCGACCAGGGCAUUUGUAAUUGAAGAUAUGAAAGUACGGCUAUAGCGGAUUUACGACUUGCUUGACCUAUCGAAAAAAGGGUCCUGACACGAUAAGAAAAGAAACAGUGCCUGGUUGAUGGAGAUCGCAGACAGACCACGCCCCCUUAGCGUCUCAAGCUAGCUUUGGAUUGGCUAUAAAGAGUUAUCUGUAGCUUUCUGAGGGAUGUACUCGUUUUGUCACGACUUGAAUCAAUAAUUGCUGUCAUUUCCUCCCUUUUGGAAGUCAUGGCGACUGGUAAAAGAGGAAGGAGUAUUCAGAUUGUUUCAAGUUGGGGCGAAUAAGGUGUAAAGAAUGAAAAUUGAUAAAAAAAAAUAAAAACCACUCUGAACACGCUGAAGACCCAACUGAGUUGCUGCCGCCGAAAUGCACACAGGCACACGUUUUUGAAGGUCGCCGAGGCUGAUGACGCCGCCGGCUCUGUCGCCUCUCUGGGACGCUCUCCACACGCCCCGAACCUUCGCCAGCACUUCUGAGUCGCCGCCGACGGCGCCCUCGCCCUACUUCACCGUCCCUCACGUCCCGACGCCAAGACCUCCUCCAGUUGAGGAACCCAAACCGGUUCCGGAACCCAGGAUAGAGCCACCGCCGCCAGUUAUCGUCGAAGAACCGGAGCCGCUCAUUUGGGAACCGACGGCGGUGGAAGAGCCCGUCACUGUCAGUGUCACGCCGGAGAUGGUCCCGAAUAUUGAGCUCGACGUCGAGCAGCUCGAAGAAAUGCCAAGGUUUAUAGGGAGUUUGCUAGGUCGGAAAGUUGGGUACAGGCUUCAAAGACUUGGAUUUCUACUCCGAAAUUCAUGAAAAGCUUGAAAUUGAGCUCUUCUUUCUUCUGAAGCUUUUAAUGCCCAAAAAAAGUCGAAAAAAAGAUUUUCAGUACAUUAAGGGAGCCAUUUUCAUUCAUAACUUGAUUUUUCGCUAAUCAAAUCUUUUUUUCUUGCAAGGGAUCCUUGAAUUUUUGAGUUUCGAAGCAUGAAAAAGUUACUUUUGUCUAUUUUUUCAUCGCUAGAAAGGCUCAAAGUCCUGAAAAUUUCUAACAGAGCAAUUUUAUAAUUAUUUGAGGCCUGUACCCGAUUUUCCAUAGUAUACGUAUGCAUGGGCAUGCUAUAAAUCUAUCAGAGCAUGAUUAUGAUUUAAACUCUGUUUUCACCCUAUUUUACACAAUUUUCAGUUGAUUUGAGAAAAAAACGGGUUCCUUUUACAACUUUUUGAACUUUUUUUUAACAGUAGAUCAUCAUGAUUCAAGUCAAAUUUUAUAUUUUCAAAUAGUUUCCUAUAUUUUUUCCCUUCUCUACCCACUUUUGUAGACCUUCUACUAACUUCCGAGUGAUGGUUGAGCGAAAAAGGGUGAUAGAACGUAAAAUGAGGAGAUAUCAGACGCGUAAGACUAAUCGAGCAGUCUGUUGUCUCCAUAUUUUCAAUGCUCUCUAGAGCUAAGAAGAUUCUGCACGAGCUGCUGAUAAUGUAGCUGUUUCACGGCUAAUUUUGGACGCUAAGGGGGCGUGGCCUGUCUGCGCUCUCCAUGAGCCAGACACUAUCUCGUGCAUUAUCGUGUCAGGACCCUUUUUUCGAUGGCUCAAGCCAGAAGUGAAUCAGCUAUAUACGUGAAGCUAGAGUGUAUUGCAAACGUGUAGAUAACUUCUUCUAUUAGCAAUGCCCUCUAGGGGUCACUUUCCUCAAAUUUCUUAGUACCUCUGGCUUCACGUCAAUCGCUCUGAUAUCUCAAAAAAAAAACCUCAGCCAACCCUUUUCCGUUUUACCAUCACCCAAGUUAUGAAAAAUCAUUUCAAGCCUAUUUUCCCUCAUUCAGUCCGAUGCCUGUUGAUUCGUCGUCUUCCGACGAGGAAGAAACCAUGACAGAACGGGGAGAUUUGGACCUGGGCGCGUUUGAACUCGUCGAUUCGGGCCUGAACCCGGAGACGUUGCUGGCCAACGACGAGCCCGUCAUCUUCCAUCAAAGUCUGCCCGUCCACUCGGUCCAUCACGACACGGUUCACACGGAAGCCGCCCUGGCCAACCUGAUGUCGGCCCCGUCAAGCAUGCUCACUGAAGCCAUCCCGCCCAUCAUGGUUGAGGUGCUGGAGAAGAUUCGGAAAUUGUGAGCAAUUUUUCCUCAUUUUCAGGACAACUACUGCUUCGUCGUAGACGGCGAACGUGUGAGGAUGGGCGACAUCCUCGGCGAUGACCAGUGGUGGCGCCACACAUCCAGGCCGACUAAGUACUUCUACUCGGAAGAUCUUCGACAGUUCCAUCGGGUCAACUGCAUCACCGCCAAGGGGAAGGUCAUCACGGCGAAGCUGGCGUCGGGGAUUUUGCAGGUAAAAAAAGAUCACAAAAACCCGGAAAUAGAUUAUCGAGAAGUUAGAUAGGGGUUGCGGAGUACUUAGUUGUCUACAAGCCUUUUCAGCGCGAUUUUUGAUGUUAUAGAUCCUUAAAAUCUCCUUUUUCGAUUCAUAGGUUCUUCAUGCAUUUACAGUAAAUAGAGAGGAGUUUUUUAGGUCAUCCAUAAGGUACAAAAAGCCUCAAUAAUACUCCAAAAAAGGCGCCAAAAUAGGUCUCGCGAGCAGCUAUGUUGCUUCUUUUUUCAAUUUGGCCGAUUUUUUUUUCUUGACCUUUUUUGUAGCAUUGACUUCAUGGCAUCUAAAUAUUAGACAUCUUUAAAGUUCUUACGAAAUUAUGAGCUGAGAAGAUUGAGUAGGACUUUUUAAAGGCUUUUUGAAACCUUUCAUCCAAACACCUUUUUUCAUUUAUUUGUGUUUGAAUUUUGAAAUUUCAAGUCUUCUGUAAAUUCGCAAAAAUACUCUUUGAAGGUCUUGAUAAAUUUGCAUACAUGUUUUUUUCUAAAAUUUUACAAAGUCUCGUUGUAUCGGCUGCAGGUUUGGCUCAGUAGGGAAUUUUAAAAAAAUUUAAAUGUUCAAAACCAAAUUUUUCUAUGAAAGCUCUAGUGGCCACUUAAAAGGGUCUUCAAGAAGUGCUGGAGAGGGCACUGAAAAAGAUUCUACAGACGCCACUAUAGUAGUUUUCAUAGGUCUCGUAGUACCUCUUACACUCCUAAAAGCUCAAUGAAUUUUGGUCACUUAAGUGGCCACUAAUUCGAUUACUAUAGUGGCUACUAAAAAGCCAAAACCCUAGAGUGACCAUUAGAAUUUUUCGCUGUUUUGCAAGUAGCAUCUUUUUAAGAAAUCUCUAUCUUGAUCUCAGAAGUGUUUGUUCAACUGUGUGGUAGACUUCAAAAGGCUUUUUAUCUACAAGAACCUCGAUUUCCAGGUCCAACACGCCAGCAGCUCCUCCUCAACGCCGCGCUCUUCAAUGUCCGGCGGCACGUCUUCUGCUCGCGCCGCGGCCCACCAUCGCGAGAACAAAGUCCCGCUGACGCACGUCUACAAAGUCAUCCGCUUCUACUCGUUCUGGAAGACGUGCACCUCGUUCCACCGGAUCGUCACCAUGAUCGACAAGGUCACCAGCGACGAGCGUCAUGCGAAUCCCGAGUUCAAGAAGCGACUCUUCGUCCAGUACCUCUGGCGAAACGCCAAGGCCGUCGAGAAAGCCCGCGUUCAGAAGGAGUUCGACCCCCGGCGACAACGUCUUCUCCGCUUCGUCACGGAUCCGUCGGCCAGGAAGAGGUUGCAGAAGAUGUGAACUGGGUUUAACAGCUGCCUGGGAAGGAAAUGGCUGUGGAUUUGUAGGGACUCAUGCGCUCCAUUGAUAAUUCUAGAGGGGAUUCUUGUUUUCUCAGACACUGGUAACGCAAAUUACUCAAGUCUGAACGGUUUAGUGAUCGCUUAAGAGAGAAGACGUCACUAAAGUAGUCCCUAAAUGGCUCAAAAUAUCUUGGACAUGACCUUAGGCACUGCUAACGCAAGAUGACCAUGUCUUUCUUCAUUUAGGGAUCCCUUAAGUAAGCAGACGCCCCUAAAGUAGCCACUAAGGCUUUUCUAGGGCAUGUCCGGGUUAGCCUUACCAGUGCCUGAGUUUCAAAUAGUAAGUUUGAUUCAAAGGCUUGAAAAAUUAAUAAAAGAGGCUGGAACCUUUUCUCCUAUGCUUACUACAUCCCAUUCCAAAAAAGAAAAGAGUUUCUUGUCGAAAAUCAGUCGAAAAAGAAAUUAUUGUCCUUGGAGCGCAUUAGACCCCUACAAUUCACGGCUAUUUUUUCUCAGCCUGCAGUUUUUCCGUCCCCAAAACCGCUUCUUCUACCCUUCUUUUCGCCUUUUUCAUGUAAUUGUACUUCUUACUUGGUUGUUUGUUUCUUUUUUCGCUCUAUCUGCCUUUUCUACUGGCUUUCAUUUGAGGAUGUGUGAGAAGAUGACUGGGAAUUAUUCAAAAAUUUUUGGAAGUUUUGAUUUUAGUUGAGAAUAUCAACACAGAAGUUGAGCUAGAAAAGAAGAAAUUUGAAAUGUUGAGAAAAUUGGUUCUUUUGAGAUUUUGUGAUAAAAUUGCUUUUUAAAAUCUGAAAAACGAUUUUACUUGAUCUUACUGUCCAAGGAGAGCUUCUGAUUCGAAAAGAGCUUGAAAUUAUUAUUUUUCAGGUGACAGCGCAUUGGGUUACUGUACUAAGCAAAAAAAGCUGCUGUUAUUUUAAUUAUUGACCCAUUUGCGCUCCUUUGAUAAAAUUGUAAAAAAACGCUUCGCGCUCGGAGAUUGGUAACACGAAACGGACGUGCUCCGGACGUUUCUGAGCGUUUCUAGGGAUCACUUAAGGGUGCUGAGGCUACUAAAGUGGCCACUAGAAACGCCCCGACACGUCCGAUUCGCGUCCCUUUCGCGUUACCAAGGUCCGAGUUUGAAGCUUUCUCCCGGUCUUUUUUCACAGACCCACUUUUCCAUCCCCCUUUUUUUGCCUUCUCUCAAACUCUGCCUUAUCUUGUCUGUGCUUUUUGUCCUAGAAAGUUGGUCCUUGUUCUGAAAAUGUUUCAUUCGGCCGGCUUCUAACGAUCUUUCCCCCUCCCCUUCAGUCUUUCCUUUCUGAAAACGACAUCUGCCAACUGUUUCGAAAUUAUUCGAAACAAAACAAAAAAAACGAAACGAAGCAAAAGUAACAAAUCAAACGUAUCGUCCUAUAUUUUUCGACGGGUUACGUCUCAGGUUCUGUCAAAACCAAAUAAAUUAUUUCAAUUUUCUCAUAAAUCCCCAUAGGAAUCCAUGCUUUUCCUCUAUUUCUUUCAAACUGUCUUUUUUGUUUAGAAUUUUUUAAUGAUUGAACAAGUUGUUUUUUGCAUAAAUAUUGAUUUUUUGUUGAAUGGCUUUUUUCUACGUCUAUGCGAGUUUUUCAACCUGUUUGUACUUUGAGAAAAAGUGAAAAUGGUGAUAAUUGACGAAAAUUUAGAUUUAUAUGAGUUUUAAAAACUUUUGACUCUUUAAGGAAGUUUUCAGACUUUUCUUAAGAUUUAUUUGAAAUUUUAUUUUAUUCUAGAAUUUUUUGUCACGACUCAAUGUGUUACUUAUGCCUUGUUUGAAGUAAUUUCAGCGAAAUUUAAAAUUAUCUCUGACUCUCCAAUUUUUCAAUUAUCUUUUUGAAUCUGACGGAUAUUUUGAAAUUUGCGGAAUCACUUUAUAUGCUCGACGGCACAAGAAAAAAAAAUGUCGAAUUUUUCCCAGACUUUUUUUUAUCCGGUUGAGGAAAAUUUUCACAGUUAAAACCUAUAAAACAGUUCACUGUUCAUAUUAAUUAAUAAAAAGUUUGUUUGUACCGGAAAAAUUUCGUUUGAUGACGAUAGGAUAGAAAUAUGUUUUGUUCUUUUUGAAUUUUUCUGAUUCUAAAAAUUUGCUCCUCAAAAGGUGAUUCAGUCGAAAAUAAGCGUGAUUUUCUGUUCAAAAAGCUUACUUCUACUAGGUAUUUUGUAUUUUUCAUCCUCUUUUGCUCACUUAAAAAAAGGACGAGACGGAUUUGAGAACCAAAAUUGAUCAGGUUUGUCGAGGAUGAAUCGUCAAUGUUCGCCGUCAUCAUUGACGAAGACGCUCAGAGGGAAGAAGCUCGCCGGGAAUGGCAAAGGCGGUCCAUUUCUUCCACGACCACACGGUAUAGAAAUAUAGAAAAGCCAGUUGUGAAAAAUUCUCCAGGAGAUUUUUGAGAAAUUUUAGUCUCAAAAGUGAACGAUUUGAUAGGAAAGUUAAAAAUCUGAAGAGUUUGUUCAUAGGGUCGGAAAAGGUGGAAAAAGGGUCCAUAGAAAUGUUCCUUUGAGGGUGACAAAGGUCCCUUUUUGCUGCCUUUUUUGCGCCAUUUCAUGGGCCCCUUCGCACCAUUUUCGCUGCUUCUCCCUUUUCCACCAGUAAAUUGAUUUUUGCAAACAAGCUAAAAAAGAUGGAUGUCACGUUCUUUUACACGUUUCUUAGUCUUACUUACUUCAAGAAAUUUUUUUACACUAUAAACUUUUUCGACGCUCAUUUAGGACGUUUGAUCUCUGUCCUUAUUUCACGCUUUUUUCAUACUUCAGAGCUUUUGAAAAGCAGUAGUUCGAGCAAAAAAACCAUAUUCUACACAAUUUCUCUAUUUUUUGUGCUGUAGCACGAAAAUUUUCCUUUUCAGAGAAGAUUCUGAUGGAUCAACUAUCGAUUUCCCGAUCGAAAUUAACGCCCAGCCUUCCACAAUGGGUAUAUAAUCCAUUUGAGCCGAUAAAAAGAACAAAAAUCAAAAUUAGAAAGCAACGAAGCCGAGGUUCAAUAUCACUACGGGAACAAUGAUAUGGCGAUUCCUGUAUUCAGUACGGACGAAAAACCUCUCGAUGGGAUCGCCACGUUGAGCAAUGCUGUUAGAUGUCCUGUGAAAUAUAUAAGCAAGGUUGGGUUGGAAAAAUUUUGAAGUAGUAAGUUAGGCGCUGCCAUUUUGAAGAAGUAAGUUAAGCGCUGCCAUUUUGAAGAAGUAAGUUAGGCGCUGCCAUUUUGAAGAAGUAAGUUAGGCGCUGCCAUUUUGAAGAAGUAAGUUAGGCGCUGCCAUUUUGAAGAAGUAAGUUAGGCGCUGCCAUUUUGAAGAAGUCAGUUAGGCGCUGCCAUUUUGAAGAAGUCAGUUAGGCGCUGCCAUUUUGAAGAAGUAAGUUAGGCGCUGCCAUUUUGAAGAAGUAAGUUAGGCGCUGCCAUUUUGAAGAAGUAAGUUAGGCGCUGCCAUUUUGAAGAAGUCAGUUAGGCGCUGCCAUUUUGAAGAAGUAAGUUAGGCGCUGCCAUUUUGAAGAAGUUCAGAUUCCACCGACGAUGGUCGUCGACAACUUCUGCUUCAUCUGCGACGGCGCCGACGUCUCCGAGGAGGAGAUCCUGUCGGAUCAGAAGUGGUGGAAGAAUACCAGUUCAACGACGAGAUAUUAUUCAACGGACAAUAUGAUCACGUUCCAUCAGGUGAGGUUGAAAGAUAUAUUUUUCGGAGUAGUAAAUACAUUUCUGGUGCCCUAGCCAUGAUUUCUUGAGUAGUUGCGCUGUUGAAAAUCUCAUACUUGUCUUAAAGCUGCACCCGACCUUGAACGGCUUUCCUAUUUUCUGACUAGUUUGCUGUCGAAUGCGCUGAAAUAAAAUAAAAAAAGCUUGGAAAAAAAAAUAACCGCUACGCGACCGCAGCGCCUUGAAGUUCUUAGCAGCGCCUUGAAGUUCUAAGCAGCGCCUUGACGUCCUAAGCAGCGCCUUGAAGUUUUAAGCAGCGCCUUGAAGUUCUAAGCAGCGCCUUGAAGUUCUAAGCAGCACCUUGAAGUUCUUAGCAGCGCCUUGAAGUUCUAAGCAGCGCCUUGAAGUUCUAAGCAGCGCCUUGACGUCCUAAGCAGCGCCUUGAAGUUUUAAGCAGCGCCUUGAAGUUCUAAGCAGCGCCUUGAAGUUCUAAGCAGCACCUUGAAGUUCUUAGCAGCGCCUUGAAGUUCUAAGCAGCGCCUUGAAGUUCUAAGCAGCGCCUUGACGUCCUAAGCAGCGCCUUGAAGUUCUAAGCAGCGCCUUGAAGUUCUAAGCAGCGCCUUGAAGUUCUAAGCAGCGCCUUGAAGUUUUAAGCAGCGCCUUGAAGUUCUAAGCAGCGCCUUGAAGUUCUUAGCAGCGCCUUGACGUCCUAAGCAGCGCCUUGAAGUUCUUAGCAGCGCCUUGAAGUUCUAAGCAGCGCCUUGAAGUUCUAAGCAGCGCCUUGAAGUUCUAAGCAGUGCCAUCGGCAGUUUCCUACCAGAAAUAUUUUCCAGGUGAACCUUCUCACCUGUCGAGGCGUCGUCCGUGGGGCCUACCGGUCUAGGGCAACCGGAGGCGGGAUUUCUCGUGUUAAUCUUGACAAGGUUUCGAGAGAAAAUAAUUUGCAGUUUUCAUAGUCCAAAAAUCCUUACUCGUGACGUAAAAGCCUAGAAAUCUACUGAGACCUUGAAACAACGUCCCUUCGCUUCAAGACCUUUUUGAAUAUUUUUUCGAACCUUUUUUUGAAUAUUUUUCUAUUCUUUUUUAUUAUUCUAAGUUAGAAUUUUUUGAACAGACCAUGUUUUUUUAAAAUUAAUUUCGAAUUUUUUUCAGGUUUUUUUCGCGUAUCGCGACAUUUCAGCUACUGGAAAACGAUGAAAUCCUUCCAUCGCAUUGUUUCAGUUAUCAGCCCGGCGAUAUCUAGUGAUUAAAUAUGAAAGUUUUUAUGAAAAAGUUGGUUUUUUCACAGAUCCCAUAACUGACGCCAAAUUCUCGAAAAGGAUUUUUGUUCAGUACUUUUGGCGGUCUCAAAGGGUGAGCAUUAGUUUUGGAUAGCUUUGGCCGCACUUGAAAUGGCUAAAAGGCGUUGUACGCAAGCCGUUUCAAGUCGGGCGGGCUGUACUUUCCUGAAAGUUUUUAAGGAUCAAUUUUAAGCCGGACGAUAAAGCCACUGUGAUUCGGGAACAUAUGCAGUCGUUGAUGGCGUCGAAACAGAUGAAAAAACCGAAUUUGAGUGCCAGGUUGACUUUUUUUUUUGAAAAAAAUAUUCAGACAUUUUUCUGGGCCGUUUCUCGUUCAGUUUUGCUUUGAAAAGCGUUUUCUUAUAUUUUAUAGAAAUCCUUAAAAGUUUUUGAGAAAUCAAUUCGAAUUGACUGAGCUUUCAAAGGUUUCAUAAUUUUUUUGAGUAGUUUUGAAAAAGGCCAAUAAAGUUAGAGAAAUAUAACAGAAAUGCUGGAGAUUCAGAGAUAAUUUUUUUAAUUUUUGCGGAAUUAUUCAUAACACGACAUAGAAAAAAAAACGUGAAAAGUUCAUUUUUGCUCAUAAUCAUCAUUCCUUUCACAGAAACUCCUGGGCGAUGGCCGUCUCUCGAAUAACAAGAAUGCACCGACCCGCCGCGGCUUUCGCCACCUCGCCCAAAAUGACCAACUCGAGGAGUCUGAACAGUACUCCCAGGAGGAAAAGCUCGGCGGUGUCGUCAAGAAGGACGAGUGCAGGUUUUAAAAAUUUUCCUGUUGAGGUGAAAAAUUUUAGGUGCUUGAUAAAAUGUUAUUAAAAAUUCAUAUUGAAAACUCCGGGUUUUCAAUAUUGUUUCUGUCAAAAAACUCCCAUAUCGAAGCGAGUUUCGAGACAUUUAGGUUGUCAUUAUUCGCAAAAAUUCUAGGUUGUCAUGAUUCGCAAAUGAGUGAAGAAAAAAAUAGCAGUUUAUUUAUUUUUUUAAUUUCAAAAAUUGAGGAAUUUCGGCUCUCAUAGGCUUUACUUGAAAAUCUGUUUGAGCUUUCUGAGUUGCUUUUUGACAAUAAAUUAUUUAUUUUCAGACGAGCCCAACUCAAGAAGGCCCAAGUUUUCGAGACCAGAAGGAACUGACACCAGCGUUAGCCUGACACCUCUGAACGAACAUCAGGAAGUUUAA